UUCAUGCGUAGUCAAUGUUGCUCUACGGACAGAAAUAGUGUUACAACAAACGUUGAAAGGUGCCGUUAUAUAAUGCAGUUUCUUCUUUUUUCAUUCUAGUGGUUUUGGAGUUGAUAGGAAACAAAGUUUCAAUAAGUCGAGUCCAGUCAACUUGAUGUUGUGUGGUUCUUGAUAUUCACAGUGUUGUUGGGUGAGUUUGGACUACAGAUAUCAUGGGAGUGCAUGGACUCUGGAGGCUGCUGGAGAGUACAGGGAAACCCAUCAACCCUGAGACUCUGGAGGGAAAGAUCCUUGCUGUUGACAUCAGUAUAUGGCUGAACCAGGCAGUGAAGGGGGUGAGGGACCAUGAAGGCAACAGCGUCCAGAACGCCCACCUCCUCACUCUCUUCAACCGCAUCUGUAAGCUGCUCUUCUUCCGCAUCAGGCCAGUCUUUGUGUUUGAUGGGGACGCACCACUGCUGAAGAAACAGACUCUGGCUCUGAGGAGGCAGAGGAAAGAGGAGUUGAGCCGGGAGUCGAAACAAACCAAUGAAAAACUCCUCAAGACAUUCCUGAAGAGACAAGCUAUUAAAGCUGCACUUGGAGACAAGAGUAAGGAUCCUCUACCCAGCCUCUCCACUGUAAGGAGAGAUGAAGUGGACGACAUUUAUGUUCUACCAGCCCUGCCAGCUGCAGAGGAGAAGGACAAAAGCAGGUCAGAGGCCUCGGAAAGUUCCGAGGAGGAGGAAGAGGAGGAAGAGAAAGAGUUGGAGGAGACGGAUGAUGGUUAUCACAUGUAUCAGGGAGAAUUGUAUGAAAACCCCAACUCAGUGGACAUCAACUCAGAGGAGUUUGCCAGCCUGCCUCCUGAAAUGAAACAUGAGAUACUGAAAGACAUGAAAGAGUUUUCCAAAAGACGCCGGACAAUGUACCAAAAACCCCCAGAGCGCUCGGGAGACUUUUCACAGUACCAGUUGGCCGGCCUGCUGCAGAGGAACCAUCUGAACCAGCGUCUGCGGGGUGUGGAGAACGAGAUGAGCCAGCUGAGCGCCGGCAGCGCCCCACAGAUUUACCAACAUGACGGGGACCAGCAGAGUCGCAGUGUAGAAUCACGCCGGCUGGUUUCAGAAGACAAUUCCCACUAUAUCCUUAUUAAAGGCUCCAAAAAGAAGGAGACUGCGCCCGAGAGCCAACCUGCAACUGCAGCCUGGUCCGGCAGCUCCCUGACGGGCUCAAAAAGACGAGUAGCGGACAGACCUGAGCCCCUGUGGCGUCCUGUUGGUGAGGAAGAUGCAGGGGUGCUGGGUUUCUCCUCAGAAGACUCCAAACCCUCUGUCUCAAAACCGUCUCGGAGAGACUCAUCACCUCCCUCUCCUCGUACACUUAAGGCGAUCCAGUCUGCAAUGAACGACAGCUCAGACGAGGAGAAGGUGGACCAGGACAAUAAGGAUGGUGGUAUGUCCCCACGUACGCUGCUCGCAAUCCAACAAGCUCUAGCUGAGGAGGAAGACGGGACAGUAAUCAGCAGCUCGUCCACCAAACCGCAGGCUAACGUUCAUCGUCCUGCGCCACAAGUGGUCAUCAGCAGCUCAGAGGAAGAGCCGGAACCAGACGAUGUGAACUCUCUGCCAAAUGGAAAAUCAGAUUUUAAGGGGAACCCAACAGGCCAAAGUUUACAUGUGAAAGAUGGUUUGUUUGCUGGUAGUUCUGGAGGUGAGAUAGAGGGCGUGAUCGGUCAGAAAAAUAAAGCACUUUGCUUUGCGACGCUGCAACAACCUCACGAGAGCGAGAUGAAGUCAGAAGAGGAGACAAAGAAAGGACAGUUGGCACGGGAUAUCAGGACGGGAAGUAGAGGGCGAGACGAGCCGGAGAGAAGAGAAUCAGAGCAUGGGCUGAUCACAAAGCCAGAGGGUGCUGCGGACUCCAAUCGAAACACAUUAUCCAGCGAUCUCUCUGCGCAGCUGUGUGGAAAACCUCUCACUGCAGAGACUGAAAUGCAACCUGUGCUGUUAAAGCAGAGGAGUAACAAGGGGAUUGUAGCGCUAGAGGAGGGGAAUGGAGAUGAUGUGAAGUCCGAGCGCAGUGAGGAGAGCGAGUCAGAAGAAAGCUUAAUCGAGGUGUCUGACGUAGAAUAUAAAGAGGAAGAUACAGAUGAUUCACUUGUAAGCACGGGAGAGAAAGGAUCUCCAGAUGAGGUCAGUGAGGAUGAAACCAAGCAAGAAGAAAAACCAGAGGAAGGUUUGACAGAUGUUCCAGCUGAGAAAGAGAGACAGACCGAAGAGACGGCGACGGAAUCCAGCUCAACUCCAGCGAUCAAUGAAUGGGAACACUUUGAUGUGGAUGAGCUGGAGGCUCUAGAGAGCUCUCUGCAGGUGGAGCAGAGCAACCUGAGGCAGCUGAAACAGCAGCAGGAGAGGAUGGCGAACACAGUCACCGGACAGAUGCACCUGGAGAGCCAGGAGCUGCUGCGGCUGUUUGGCGUGCCGUUCCUGGUUGCUCCGAUGGAGGCCGAGGCUCAGUGUGCAGCACUCGACCGCGCUGACCACACAAACGGGACCAUCACAGACGACUCGGAUGUGUGGCUGUUUGGAGGGAGACACGUCUACAGGAACUUCUUCAACCAGGACAAAUAUGUUGAACACUACCAGUACAGUGACAUGCAGAACCAACUGGGUCUAGACAGGACUAAACUGAUAAACCUGGCUUACCUGCUGGGAAGUGACUACACAGAGGGCGUUCCAGGGGUCGGAUAUGUGACUGGCAUGGAGCUACUGAAUGAGUUCCCAGGGCCGGGCUUAGAGCCACUCACACAGUUAAGUGAAUGGUGGUCAGUGGCUCAGGAGAAGAAGCGCCUGGUGGCUGAUCCUCGGGACACAAAGAUUAAGAAGAAAUUGAGGAACCUGAAACUUCAUCCUGGGUUUCCCAACCCUGCGGUGGCUCAGGCCUACCUGCAACCUGCUGUGGACCAGUCAGACAGCUUCUUCAGCUGGGGACGCCCACAACUCGACAUGAUCAAAGAAUUCUGUCUGAGUCGUUUCGGCUGGAGCACUCGGAGGACAGAGGAGACUCUUCAGCCUGUGAUCAAGCAGCUCAACACCCAGCAGACUCAGCUUCGGAUCGACUCAUUCUUCCGCAUGGAGCAACGGGAAAAGCAGGCGAUCCGCAGCCAGCGACUACGCAGAGCUGUCACCUGCUUGAAGAGAAAGGAGAGAGAAGGAGGAGAGGAGGAAGAGGACGGUGAGGAGGAAAUGCCAUCCCCAUCCAAAUCUAAGAAAGGGAAGGCAGCAAGCAAGAGUCCAAAGAAAGGAGGUGGAGGAGGAGGCGGAGGCGAGAGAGAAGAGGAGAGGUCCGCUGCAGGAGGUGGGUUCCUGGGGUCGAAGGUGAUUGUUGAAUCUCCUCUUCCAUCGCUGAAGGAUGUGAGCAGCACCAGCCAGGAGUCCCUGUCAGUAAAGGCCGUCCCUCAGUCUACUAAGACUGUAUCUCAGAGAGCCAGGAGCAGCAGCAGCACCAGCCAGGAGUCCCUGUCAGUAAAGGCAGUCCCUCAGUCUACUAAGACUGUAUCUCAGAGAGCCAGGAGCAGCAGCAGCACCAGCCAGGAGUCCCUGUCAGUAAAGGCCGUCCCUCAGUCUACUAAGACUGUAUCUCAGAGAGCCAGGAGCAGCAGCAGCACCAGCAGCUCCGGUGAGGACAGCGAUGGUGGUGGUGUUGGGGAAGUUGCUAUGGUUACAGCCCGGUCGGUGUUCGAAGGCAGCCGGCGAGGCCAUGGAGCGAAAAGCACAAGAGGGAGAGGAAGCGCAAGAGGAAAGAGAAGGGGGAAGAAAUUGUGAGGGGAAAAAACAAACUUCAAACAAAACAAUGUCAUACACUCCUAAAUAAUGUUCAUGAUAUUUGAUAUUUAUAAGACAAUGAAUCAUGAAGAGUGAGGAGUUUUUCUGUAUUAUAUAAUAUGUAUUUUGUAAACUAUUGACGUGACUGAAAAUAUGUUACGUGUUUAGAGGUAUAUCUGUGAGAAUGUUUUGCAUUAAAUCUUUGAGUUAAAUGUUUCUGUAAUAUUUCCACAGUAUGAGUCAUUUGUUGUGCUGAUGUGUUAACCGUGAGCCUGAGACGGGUGCAAGUCCUAAAGAUGCCAUACGUUGCUUACAUUUCUUUCAGGGUGUAUUUCAGUCGCCUUCUGCUUGUGCAUGCGCUCUCCCUCCUCCCUCUGCCGAAAACACACAGACAUUAAGGCUUUUGCACAUGUCAAAAAAUAAUCGAAAUAAAAACCUGACGUUGCUAUCA